AUGGAGCUGCGCCUUCAAGACUUGUCGGACUCGGACUCGCCUCCCUCCGCAGAGCUGGGCCUCCUCCUGCCUGGCUCGAGACCCCCCCCGAAGUGGGCGAGCAGCUCGGCGGUGCUCUUCAACAGACCGUUCGCCUCUCUGAUCUCCCACUUGAGAGACUCCACGUCCACGCGCGUCGCGGGCCCCCUCAGCUUCAGGCACCCCUCGACGAAGUCUUCCAGCGACACCCGCCCGGUGUUCCCCGCAUCGAGGAUCUUGAACAGCUUCCAGGCCUGGUGCGGCCUCUGCUGCUUUGAACCACGACUGCACUUUGGGCUUGGCCAGCUGGUAUUGGAUCUCUGCUGGUGA